CACUGUGCUUAGUCCCUUUAAAAUUAAUCUUGAAUCUAUAGGACUGCUGACUGCUGAUUGCCAAGCCCUAGUUAAUACUUCUCGAAUUUUUGGCUUGCUCUGCGAUCAGCAUACUAAGCACUAAGCGACAACAAACGUUUUCAACAAUGGUUGAUCCAAAUCGUAAAAUCAACAGACUCUCCGACAAAGAUAUUAGCUUUUUAGAAGAAUGCGAGGAAGAGUUCGGUGCACGCUACACAGAAGAUGAUGUCGAAUUUAUGGCGCAUUGCGCUAAGCCGGUGCCGGAUCCGCCAGUAAUAGAGAAUUGGUUAUGUGGUAGGAGUUCACCUGGUCUUGGAGGUGGCCCCUUUUUCAGCCUAUACAAUUAUAAUGGCGAACAGCGUCGAGGAGGCGGCGCUCGUGGAUGGCAGAGACGUGGUUACAACAAUCACAACAGCCACAACAGCAACAAAGAUCGCAGAGAUCACCGACGCAACAGAUAUGAAUCGUAUCCACGCAGAGACCGAGGUGACGGUGACGGAGGAAACAGAUCCUCGGAGCGCAACUAUCAGCAUAGAAGCCGCAAUGAGCCACAGCAAGGCGGUUCGCCCAUGCAGGUCAGGCGGGACUAUGGAAACUUUGUGCCUGCCUCCAAGGACUAGCGUUAAACCUACCUGUUUCGUUGCUCAUCAUAAUAAAAACAAUAGCACUCAUACACAGAUAUUUAUA